AUGGCGCUGAACAGGCGUCUAGCAACUGUCGAGAACAACUUUGGUUCCCUUGAGUCAGUUGCACUCGAAGGCCUAGACGAAGUUAAGACAAAUCUUCUUGAGCAGGCGGAUGAGGGCAGAGAAGGCCUCUCCAGCCUUGAACUCAAGCUCACGGAGGCUCUCUCUUCGUUGCAUGAAGAGUUUGAGGCUUUGAAGGCGCAGGUUGAGAAAACUGGCCGCAUGGGCGCAGCUGGGCCCAUAAACGUUCGUGAGACUCACAUAGAAGCUCCCAAGUCAAAAGAGUUUCGUGGAGAAAGGAAUGCACAAGAUGUUGAAAAUUUCUUGUGGCAGAUGGAUGCUUAUUUUAAGCAUGUGAAUAUCACCAGUGAGGCUGCCAAAAUCAGGACGACAACCAUGUAUUUGAGAGACACGGCCAUGCUGUGGUGUCACAGGAAGAAGGCAGACAUGGAGCGGGGGACCUAUUCCAUUGACGAGUGGAGGCACUUCGAAGAGGAACUCAAGAGGCAUUUCUACCCCCAAAAUGUCGUGCAUGAAGCCCGGCGGAGGUUGAGGGAGUUGAAACAAACUUCCACUGCCAAACAAGAGUUGCAAAGGCGUCAAGUUGGUGACGUCGAUGAGGCUAUAGCAGUGGCAGAAUCCUUGAACGAUUUCCGGGCAGAACCAAUGAAGGGGAGGGACAACAGGAGCAAAACUGUUCCUCCCAAGGGCGACAACAACAGGAACAAGGGCAAGUUUGUUCCCAAUCGCGGCAGCAACACUAGAGGUAACAAUCGAAAUCAACCUUCUAAUUUCCGCAAAAAUUAUGAGGAUCGCAAGAAAGGGGCUCCUCACCGUGAAGGUUGCUAUUUUUGUGGGAAGACCACACAUACUGCCCGUUACUGUCCCUCGCUGGGAAAGUUGAGUGCCAUGGUUGCUGCACAGAAGCAGCAAGAACAAAUAGUGGUGCAAGCCGGCAGGCAGCCCGGUGAGUGUGGUGGACAGGCUGUUGGCUUGUUCAAUAAUAUGACUUUGUUUAAUCACAUGACUCUGGCUGCACUUGCUGCGCAGCCGCCUAAAAUUAGGCCAAGGGAAUCUUUGUUUAUCGAUGCCAAGAUGAAUGGCAAAGACGUGCGUAUCAUGGUGGAUACAGGUACGACGCAUAUUUUUGCGACUGAGGAGCGAGCCAAGGAUUUGGGGCUGUCUUAUGUAUCUAGUGAUACUUUGUUGAAAACUGUCAAUGCAAUUCCCACUACUGUCCAUGGGGUUGCCCCUAAGGUACGAAUUUCUUUAGGGGAAUGGGCUGGACUAGCAGACUUCACUGUAGCACCCAUGGACGUUUUUGAUAUUGUAUUGGGACUUGACUUCUGGUAUGAGAUCAACGCAUUUAUCUCGCCGUGUCUCAACCAGUUACACAUCAAAGAUGAUGGAGGAUCAUGCGUGGUUCCCCUUAUUAGGGUACCACAAAGUGGAAUGCACCUAUCGGCUAUGCAGCUUGUCAAAGGCUUCAAGAAAGGGGAACCAACCUUCCUUGCUGCCUUGAUUGGAGUUGCUGAGGACUCUCUUGAGGCAGUACCUUUGCCUCUUUGUAUUAAACGGGUCCUUGAUGAUAAUAAGGACGUGAUGCCUGAAGAACUCCCCCAGCGGUUGCCCCCGCAAAGGGAGGUUGACCAUCAGAUUGAAUUAAUUCUAGGGGCGAAGCCGCCUGCCAUGUCCCCCUAUCGCAUGGCGCCCCCGGAGUUGGCGGAGUUAAGGAGGCAGCUUAAGGAGCUGUUGGAUGCAGGUCAUAUACGACCAUCGAAGGCAUCUUUUGGUGCAACUUUCCUGUUCCAGAAAAACAAGGAAGGGGCGAUGCGGUUAUGUAUUGACUACCGCGCCUUGAACAAAGUAACGGUAAAGAACAAGAUCCGAUCCUUUUGA